UCGUCAGGAUCACCAUGGAUGCAAUAUAUGACGAUCCCUGUUUCCUGGAUGAGUUGAAGAGCUGUAUUAUGACCAGACCAAAUGCAAGUGCAGAGACAGCCAAAAAGGAGCUGGACCUGAUGAAUAAUGUCACUCUUAACAUUGCUGUGACAGGCGAAAGUGGAGUAGGAAAAUCCACUUUGGUCAAUGCUCUUAGGGGGGUCAGGGAAGGGGAAAUAGGAUCUGCAGAAACUGGGGUAACUGAAACCACCAUGAUGGCUACAAGAUACACCCACCCCUCCAUGACUAACGUGUUUAUCUGGGACCUGCCAGGGAUUGGGACCCCAAACUUUAAAGCCAAAACCUAUCUAAAAGACGUCUGCUUUGAGACUUAUGACUUUUUCAUUAUCAUUGGAACUGUGAGAUUCAAAGAGAAUGACCUCAAGCUGGCCAAAGAAAUCAAGAAGAGGAAGAAGAUGUUUUACUUUGUACGUUCGAAGAUUGAUCACGACAUCAGCGCAGAGGCCAGGAAACAAAACUUUAAUGAGGAAAAGGUGCUGAACCAGAUCCGGUUGAGCUGUAAGGACAAUCUAAGGACCAUUGGAAACCCUGAUGUCUUCCUAAUCUCUACAUGUCAACUGGAGAAGUAUGAUUUUCAGAAACUAAUUGAUUCACUGAUUAAUAACUUGUCAGACCAUAAGAGGUCGGCUCUUGUUCAAUCUAUGCCAGCUUGCUCUCUACCAAUGAUAGAACAAAAAAAGAGGGAGCUCUACAAAAUUGCCUUCGCCGUGGCUGCUGCGGCUGCCACGUCUGCGGCCAUCGCCAUCCCAGGCCUCUCGGUGGGUUGUGAGAUUGGCGUUAUGCAGGGGUUCCUAAAGAAGGCCCAUGUUUCCUUUGGGUUGGAUGCAGAAUCCAUCAAAAGGAUCGCUACCCGUAUCAACAAGCCAGAAAGAGAGCUGAGGAUAGCAAUGACCUCUCGCUUCGCUAACGGAAUUAACGAAAGGGUGGUGGUUGGAAUGUUUGCCAAUAGGUCCGUGAUAACAGCCAAGGCGUUUGAGGUUGUGUUAAGCGGCAUUUUAGGCCUUGGAAGUCUCGCAGCAAUGGGAAUUUCAUUUACUACCACAUUGCACCUUUUGCAGGAAGGAAUUAAAGAAAUGACUGAUGACGCUAAAGCUGUGCUCGCUAUUGCACUUUCUUUCGAAAAAUGAGACGCGACACUGCGGCGCUUGUUUCAGUUGCACGAGCGAAGAGGGUAUGUGCUUUGUGUGAGCAUGAUGUAAAAAACUUCCUUUCGUAGGCUAAUGUAAAAAUCGUUGUCUUUUAAUACCAAUUUCUACCAUGUUCACAAACGCAUGUGUCAUUUCGAUAGGCUACAUUAAUUAAAUAAUUGUAACUUUUAUUAGGCUACUAUUUCUC